UCUUCUGCAAUCAGUUAUCUGGGCCUUUCUCUUCAGAGGAUGUUUCUGUACAGCGAAUUGCUUUUGGGAUGAAGCUUUAUAACCUCGCAGUCCUCGCAGCCAUCCUCCUCUUCUGUGAGCAGCAUGUCUUCGGGUUUCAGAGUGGCCAGGUUUUAUCUGCUCUACCUAGAACCUCUAGGCAAGUUCAAAUUCUGCAGAAUCUUACUACAACGUAUGAGAUUGUUCUUUGGAAGCCAGUAACUGCUGAAUUUAUUGCAAAGAAAAAUGAAGUCCAUUUUUUUGUGAACGCAUCUGACGUAAACAACGUGAAAGCCAAUUUAAAUGAGAGCAGCAUCCCAUUCAGUGUCUUGAUGAGAGAUGUGAGAGACCUUAUUCGACAGCAGACUUCCAAUGACACGGUCAGCCCCAGAGCCUCUUCAUCAUAUUAUGAACAGUAUCAUUCACUAAGUGAGAUCUAUUCUUGGAUAGAAGUAAUAACUGAGCGAUAUCCUGAUAUGCUUAAAAAAAUCCAUAUUGGCUCCUCCUAUGAGAAGCACCCACUGUAUGUUUUAAAGGUUUCAGGAAAAGAACAAACGGCCAAACCGGCCAUGUGGAUUGAUUGUGGGGUCCAUGCCAGAGAAUGGAUCUCUCCUGCAUUCUGCUUGUGGUUCAUUGGCUACGUAACUCAAUACUAUGGGAAAGAAAAACUAUAUACCAAUCUUCUGAGGCACAUGGAUUUCUAUGUUAUGCCAGUGGUUAAUGUGGAUGGUUAUGACUACACAUGGAAAAAGAAUCGAAUGUGGAGAAAGAACCGUUCCUCUCAUGGGAAUAACCGUUGCAUUGGAACAGACCUGAAUAGAAACUUUGCUUCCAAACACUGGUGUGAGGAAGGUGCAUCAAGUUCCUCAUGCUCAGAAAUCUACUGUGGACUUUAUCCUGAGUCGGAACCAGAAACAAAGGCAAUGGCUGAUUUCUUGAGAAGAAAUAUCAACCACAUUAAAGCUUAUAUCAGCAUGCAUUCGUAUGCCCAACAUAUAGUGUUUCCAUACUCGUAUAAUAAAAACAAAAGCAAAGACCACGAGGAACUGUCUCUACUGGCCAGUGAAGCAGUUCAUGCUAUUGAGAGGGUUAAUAAAAAUAUCAAGUAUACACAUGGCAGUGGCUCAGAAAGUUUAUACCUAGCUCCUGGAGGUUCAGAUGACUGGAUUUAUGAUUUGGGCAUCAAAUACUCAUUCACGAUUGAACUUCGUGAUAAAGGCAGAUACGGAUUCUUGUUGCCAGAGCGUUUCAUCAAACCCACUUGUAAUGAAGCUCUUGCUGCUGUCUCUAAAAUAGCUUGGCAUGUCAUCAGAAAUGCCUAAUGCCCUUCAUUUUAUCAUUCUGCUCUCAUAUUUUAAUUAUCUGAUUCCAGCAAGACCAAAUCAUUGCCAGUUUGGUUUUCUUUUCUUUUGAAGUUUUAUUAGUAGUUUCGAUAAAUGGUUUUCCUAUUCCUUGGUUUUGUCAAAAAAUAAAAUAAAUGUUACGUUAAGUAAAUUAA